AUUAAUAGGUAGCAGUAUACGUCACCUAAAGCUAUCCUGAUCAAUAUAUAAAUAGAAUUUAAACCAGGUAGGUUAUUUUAAAGUUAAGUAAACGGAAGUAGCAAUCGCCUUAUAAAUCAAGUGACAUACUGGAUGCAUUCCAAGACCGAGAGUCAUGACGACAGCUCAAGUUAACAUCAUUACACUUAUCUCACAAACUCAUCUCCAAAGAGGGCGUUACUCGCUCAGUUUCGACGUAACAAAUAAAGACAACACUAGGACAACGAUAGAGAAAAGGGAAUCUGAAAAACUGGUUUACAUAGAGGAACACUGUAUGACGGGUGGUGGGUGUUCGCCAGAGAUAGAACUGCAUUUAAACAACGGAAAAUGCAAGAUCAAGUUCCUAGUUUCCGGUGCACUGAAACCUUCUGCUCCGCUUGAAAAGGGUGAAGAUGUUCUAGAAUAUAAUGAAGCACAGGGAGAAUGUAGAAAAUUCCUGAGUUUGGUCCCUACUUACGACGUGUCUCUCGGUGACGUAGCGACAGUCAAGUUUAAAGUUGGUGAUGAGGUCAAACAUACGGUGCAUAUUCACGAUGUACCAACCGAGAGGAGAUCGGACCUGAACCUGAGUAUAGCUAGUAAUGAUUCGUCAUAUUUGAAUGUGAGCGGUGCCUCACAGAGAUCAAUGGGGGACAGCCUUAAUUCUUCAAGUAGUACCACCGACUGCACAGUUGAGAAUGAAGGGGUAGCAGGCUCUGUCAGAGAGAUGCGCGACUCCACUACGGGGGGCGGCGAUGUUGACAAGAAGCUACAAGCUAAACCAUUCUUUUCUUUAGGAGAUGCUGUCAGUGGCCUACGUAUUGGUGAUCGGCAGGAUGGUGGUCCGACCGGGGUGCCAGCACUACCACUUCAGACAGAAACAGCUUCUGACAAGGUACUGUGUGAUGAGUCACUCGGUGCCUUAGUUGGCGCCCUCUCACCUUCGCAAGCAAGUAUGUUACUCAUUGGCCUUGGUGUGCCGACUGGCAUCCAAUCUCAAAAUCGUGAAAACUAUAGUAAAGAUAUCGUGACGGCCAACUUCCAUUCUUUGAAAUAUUGGAGGUCGAAAAAGACGUCACGGAAAGAGUUGAUGGAGACUAGUAGUCAACAGCUGUAUGAAGAUUUAAUCAAACAGUUGGAAGACAUUGGAAGGAAAGAUAUCGCUAGCAUAAUCAAAACGAAAAUGGCUGCAGAUAAAAAGCUGGAACAUGAUGACUUUAAUAAGCUAUAAUGGCAAAGUAAAAUAGUGUACUUUGACCUAACAUGUUUAUUAAUCUUUCAUUAUUAUUUUUUCUGAUUUCAAGAGAUGAAUUAAAGGUAAAGUGGUAUAAAAUGUUCAUCCAUGUAACUUCUUUCAUGCGAAAAUUGGAAUUGGAAAAGGAAAACUGAUGUGAAGUCAUAGUUGCAGGAACUGUAAACAAAUGAAAAACAAUCUAAUUAAAAUAGAGUAGAAUAGUCUUACAACAUGUUUGCUGAUUAUAUGAAAUAAUAUAUGUGGAAUAAGGGAGGAAACUCCAAAAGAGUAUUGCAUCGAAGAAUGUUGUCAUUAUGUCCCAUUUAUCACUAGGUAAAUUGGGUUCAGAAUACUGGGAAGGUAUUCAGUAUAAAGAGGCGUAUUUCACAACGCACACAGUAUGAACAAGUUUGUAGUGAAGAUAUGUUUAUAAUACAUGUAGCUUAAAAUGAUUAUAUAAAACUAUUCUUCGUAGAAGGUUUCCAGAAUUGUUUAUUUCAAUUCACGAGUCUAAUCGUCAUGUAAAUAAAUGUAAUUCCUCUUAUUCUAUAUAUAGAUAAUAAAACGUAUGAUCUAAUGAAAUUAAAUUCUGAAAGAUGACCACACAUCAGCGAUUUUUGGCAUAACCAUUCUUAUUCAAAUAGUAUAUAUAUUUACAGAUACUUCUUAUGCACCUCUACUAGAAUUAUUUUGCCAUUUUUCCAUCAGCCGUUGUUGCACCCUGGGGUGUCGGUUGCACGUUGAAAUGAUUUCUGACGAUCUACGGUAACGGAUUUGUGGUUAGACACUGAUUUCAGUACGACAACUAUUAAAGAAAUGUAACGGA